CCGUCGAAACUACUCGAAAGUCACUCCUUCCCGGAAAUUGAAAAAGCUUCUAAAACCUUCUCAAGUCUCAACGGUCGUUUAAUCUGAAAUUUGAAAGCGAAAGGAUUUCUCACAGCAAAAGAAAAGAAAAAAGGAUUAUUUGUGUUCAAUUCUGAUUGAGAUUUUUCUGCUGGCUUGAAAAUCUCUGCGUUCUCCCUGUCUUGAGAAUCUGAAACCAAUCUGCGUUUCUCUGCGAUCGCGAAAGGAUUUCUCACAGCAAAAGAAAAAAAAGAAAAUGAUUAUUCGUGUUCAAUUCUGAUUGAGAUUUUUCUGCUGGCUUGAAAAUCUCUGCGUUCUCUCUGUCUUGAGAAUCUGAAACCAAUCUGUGUUUCUCUGCGAUCGCGAAAGGAUUUCUCACAGCAAAAGAAAAAAAAAAAAAAGGAUUAUUCGUGUUCAAUUCUGAUUGAGAUUUUUCUGCUGGCUUGAAAAUCUCCGCGUUCUCUCUGUCUUGAGAAUCUGAAACCCAUCUGCGUUUCUCUGCGAUCGUUAGCCAUUAUCAUUCUAAAGUUUCUGCUGUUGUUUAUUCUGUUUUGUUUUACUUAUUUUUUCAUUCACCAUGGAUGCAGGUGAUCGGUAUCGGUGCCUUAUUAAAAAGAUUAUGGUUCGGAGGAAAAAUUACGGGGAAAAUUUGGAUAGAUUCAUCCCCAAUAGAGCAGCGAUGGAUUUCGACUAUGCUCGAUAUAUGUUGACAGAAGGGAGGAAGGUGAAGGAAAACCCUGCAGUGAGUUCUACAUCUGUUUACCAGAGGGAACUCGCAGAACUUUUCAACAUGAACGGGAGGCGAAUUUUAGCUUUCAAAGACAAGCCUCCCACCCCUGUAGAGCUGUUUCCUACUGAAUUCUUCUCUGCUCGACAAUUGAAAGCUGUGAAGCGUCAAAGACACAUUCCUCAGAGUUCUGAGAGAACAUUAGAUUGUCCUGAUAUAUUGGAUGACUAUUGCUUGAAUCUACUGGACUGGGGAAGCAGCAAUAUCCUGUCAAUUGCCCUUGGAAGCACUGUACAUCUAUGGAAUGCUUCGGAUGGUUCUUCUGAUGAACUAGUGACAAUUGAGGAUGAUUAUGGUCCCGUUACAAGUGUCCGUUGGGAUCCUGAUGGUCAACACAUCGCUAUCGGCUUACACAAUUCUGACAUCCAGCUUUGGGAUGCCACUGCAAAAAUAAAGUUGAGAACUCUUCAUGGAGGCCACCAAGCUCGAGUGGGUGCCCUGGACUGGUGGAACAGUCACAUCCUGACAACAGGAGCAAAGGAUACUCGCAUCAUAAACAAUGAUGUGAGGAUGAGGUCUCACAUUGUUGAAACCUAUAGAGGGCACACCCAAGAGGUGUGCGGGCUAAAAUGGUCAACCUCAGGCAAGCAACUAGCAAGCGGGGGAGAUGAUAACCGUAUACAUAUAUGGGAUCGGGCAAUGGCUUCUUCGAAUUCUCCAACCCAGUGGCUGCAUAGAUUUGAAGAUCACACAGAUACUGUGAAAGCUCUUGCUUGGUGUCCCUUCCAGAGUAAUUUGCUUGCUUCUGGUGGGGGUGUAGAAGACCACUGUAUAAAGUUCUGGAAUACACGCACAGGUGCUUGCUUGAAUUCAGUGGACACUAGGUCACAAGUUUUCUCUCUGCUCUGGAGCAAGAAUGAGCGGGAGCUUUUGAGCUCUCAUGGGUUGACAGAGAAUCAACUAACUCUCUGGAAAUACCCAUCUAUGGUAAAGAUGGCGGAGCUUACUGGACAUAAGUCAAGAGUUUUAUUCAUGGCUCAGAGCCCAGAUGGUUCCACUGUGGCAUCUGCAGCAGCAGAUGAAAAAUUAAAAUUUUGGAAAGUUUUUGGGAGUCCACCGCCUGCCCCAAAAACGAAUCCAGAGCCAUAUACAAAUGUAAGGCAGAUCAGAUAGAGCUUCUCGGAAGAUGUUUCAAUUUGCAAGAAAUCAGCUUCAAAGAGAAGUGGGACUUGCACUAAUUGUAAUAUUAUGCUGGCAGGGAUAUUAGGAAAUGUGCAAAAUCUAUAUGAAACUGUUAAGAAGCCACAGAUGGUUGUUUAAAUUGAAGCAGCGCGUGUACAGAGAAAUUGCCGUAGCUGAGUUUGAUGGUUACUAUGAAGGUGAACUAAUAAAGAGCCCAGAUGGUUCCACUGUGGCAUCUGCAGCAGCUGAUGAAACAUUAAAAUUUUGGAAAGUUUUUGGAAGUUCACCGCCUGCACCAAAACAAAUCCAGAGCCAUUUGCAAAUGUAAGCCACAUCAGAUAGAGCUUCUGGGAAGAUGUUUCAAUUUGCAACAAAUCUUCGAAAAGCCUCUACGGAAAAACAUUGCCAUGAUUGUGACAAAUGUGUUCUUCAGUUUGGUCAUCACCGCGGUUGGCUUAGGACAUGUAUAGGCCAGGGUACAAUUGCCGGUUUUGCCUUGCGAUGUAACGAAUGUUUGAAGAUGCUAGUGACAAUCUGUUUGAUAUGUUGGAUAAUUAAGUGUCUCCUGAUGUCUUAACACAUCAGACUGUUAGGGGAAUUGUGUAUGGAAGGGAGGGGAAAUGAAGCUCUUUAGCUUCUUGAAGAAUCAAGGAAGAAGGAUGUCUUGAUGGGGGCGAAAACUUACAACACCUUGUUGAAGGAAGUGCAUUUUUGAACCCAGGAGUAGAAGACCAUUUUGCCAUC